AGGGGGGCGCGCCUGCUCGCCUCCGUCCCCUUCUCCGCCUGCGCCCAGCCUCCGCAUUGUUCUCCCCUUCUCCCUUCUUCCUCCUCCUCCUCUUCUUCCUCCGCGCAAAGAUGGCGAAGUCAGCCUGGCAGCCUCGCCGCCCGCUGCCUCGGGGGCAGCUCUAGGACCCCCGCCCGGAAAGAAGGGGCCACCCCCAUGGCGACGGGAGCCCCGCUUGGCCUCGCCACCCUCCUGGCCCUGACCUUGGCCCUGCCAGGGAUAUCGUCUUUGGACCUGAGCUGUGGCCUUGGCCCCACCCAGGUGAUGUUGGAGCCAAACCAGACUCUGGAGUUGAGCUGCAGCUUGUCUCCCGUUGAACAAGUCUUCAACGUUUCCUGGAAGAAGAAUGGACUUCCACUCUCAGAAGAAGAAGACAACCUCCAUGUCCUCCCCAAUGGCUCUUUGUUUGUUUCGUCUGCAUAUGCAGCUUUGGAGGAUGACAAGUCUCUAAGAGAAAGUGUUGUGGAGGGCAACUACUCCUGCAUCUCGCAUGGCCCAUUUGGUUCGGUUGCAGGGCAGACCGUUGUGCUUCGUGUUGCAAGUUUGCCCCCAUUCUUUCACCAUCCAGAGUCCCAAACAGUGGAAGAGAAUGGCAUGUGUCGCUUUGAGUGUCGGAUAGAAGGGCUGCCUCCACCAGUGAUCUCUUGGGAGAAGGACAGAGUAGAAGUUUCUUCAGGAGACAGGUUUAUAAUGCUCCCAAACGGUGUCCUCCAGAUCAUCGAUGUGCAAGAGAGUGAUGCAGGGGUCUACCGCUGUGUGGCCACAAACAGGGCAGGAAAACGCUACAGCUCUGACGCAGUCCUCAACCUUUUAGAAGGUCCCCAGCCAUCAGUGACGAUGGAUGUCCUCAUUGUUGCCGCACCAGAAAAUGCCACCGUCGUGGUGGGAGAAAAUGCAGUGAUGGAAUGCAUGGCAUUUGCCCACCCGACUCCUUUUGUUUCGUGGAUACGGGAAGAUGGGGACCCUGUGGCCACUGAUGUGAUCGUGGUGGGACGCACCAACCUCUUGAUCCCUCAGGCCCAGCUUCACCAUGCCGGUGUCUAUGUCUGCCGGGCCAACAAACCCCAAACCAGGCAGUUUGUGAUGGCUGCGGCUGAGCUCACGGUGCUUGCUCCCCCGAACAUCUCCCAGGCUCCGGAAACCAUCUCUCGAACCCGCGCCAGCACUGCCAGAUUUGUCUGCAAAGCCGAGGGUGAGCCUCAACCCAGCAUCUCCUGGAUGAAGAAUGGGGAGCCCCUUUCGUCCAAAGGACGGGUGAAGAUGCAGCCCAGCGGCACCUUGGUCAUCAACCAGAUUGGACUGGACGAUGCCGGCUACUACCAGUGUGUGGCCGAGAACCACCUGGGCAUGGCGUGUGCCACCGCCCGGCUGGAGGUCAUUGUGCGCGAAGGGCUGCCCAGCCCACCCAAGAAGCUCUCAGCCAGUUCGCUCUCCAGCACCAGCGUCCUGGUUUCUUGGGAACGACCCGAGUUCAACAGCGAGCAGAUCAUUGGUUUCUCCUUGCAUUAUCAGAAAGCCUUGGGCACCAACAACGUGGAGUACCAGUUUGCGGUGAACAAUGACACCACUGAGUUUCAGGUCAGGGACUUGGACCCUGCCAGCAGCUACCUUUUCUACGUUGUGGCCUAUUCUCAGCUCGGUGCCAGCCGGACCUCGACUCCAAUAAACAUACAGACGCUGGAGGAUGUUCCCAGUGCGGCCCCCCAGUUGACGCUUUCGAGUGUGACGCCGACUGAUAUCAAGGUGAUGUGGCUGCCGCUUCCUCUGGAACUGAGCAACGGGAGGAUCACCAAAUACAAAAUCGACUACGCCCCAGUCAAGGAUGAUCUGAUUUCUUCCACGGAGGUCAGUGCGAAUGAGACACAGCUUGUGCUCCAUGCCCUGCACCCCAAUAAGGUCUACAAAGUGCGGAUUGCGGCAAGCACCAGCGUGGGUUAUGGGGCGCCUUCGGAGUGGACGCAGCAUCGCACCCCGGACAGAGACAACCAAACCCACGUUCCGUUCGCCCCGACCGAGUUAAAAGUCAGAGCCAGAAUGGAAUCCCUCUUGGUAAGUUGGCAACCUCCAGCCAACCAUGCCCAGAUCUCAGGCUACAAGCUUUACUACCGGGAAGUGGCUGCCGAGGAGAAAAGCGAGGAGAGCCCUUCGGAAGGCACCGGGGAUGGCCUUUGGGACGUGGGGCCCAUCAAGCUGAAGAAGAAGGUCAAACAAUAUGAGUUGAUCAACUUAGUUCCUGGGAGGCUCUAUGAAGUGAAGGUGGUGGCCUUCAACAAGCACGAAGAUGGCUAUGCGGCGAUUUGGAAGGGAAAAACGGAGAGAGCCCCGGCCGCAGCAGCAGACCCGCCAGUUCAGAAGGGACCACCGCUGCCUCCAGCACAUGUCUAUGUUGAAUCCAACAGCUCCACCUCAAUUUGGCUGAAGUGGAAGAAACCCGAUUUUUCCACGGUGGAGAUUGUCAAUUACACCGUGCGCUUCAGCCCUUGGGGACUCAAGAACGCUUCCCUCGUGACCUACUACACAAGCUCCAACGAAGAGAUCCUCAUCAGCGGCUUGAAGCCAUUCACCAGAUACGAGUUUGCUGUGCAGUCAAAUGGGGUCGGCAUCGAUGGUCCAUUUGGCAACGUGGUGGAAUGGUUCACCCUUCCAGACCGACCCUCAACUCCUCCCGCCGAUUUGCGGCUGCACCCCAUUAACCCGUAUGCUGUGCAGGUCCACUGGUGCCCCCCUUCUGAACCCAAUGGCAUCAUUGUGGAAUAUAUCAUCCUUUACAAUGCCAACAGUACUCAACCUGAUGAGAUGUGGACUCUCCUGACCAAAGAAGGUAAUACAUUCAGCACUGAAGUCCAUGGGUUGGAAAGCAACACCAGAUAUUUCUUCAAGAUGGGAGCCAAGACGGUGGUUGGGUCAGGACCCUACUCGAAGGUGAAGGAUGUGCAAACCUUGCGGGAGAGGUUCUCAGAUCUGCUGGACAUCCACUCGGUCACAGGGAUUAUCGUCGGUGUCUGCUUAGGCUUGCUGUGUGUCCUCUUCUGCAUGUGUGCCAGCUUCCGCAACCACAAACCGAGAGAGUCCGUGCCGGGCCUGGAUCCCCAGACGCCUGGGAACCACGUUUAUCAUUACCACCGCAGCCGCCAAGUUCCACCUCUUCCUGUAGCCCCCUCCAACCCCCACGAAUUGGAGUCCCUCAUGUCUCCACUCUCCGAAGAGGCUCCUUCUCCCCCGACGGACAUCAUGGAGCUGACAGAUGUCCAGGGCCAUAUCCAGGGCGGUCCUCCAAGCGACAGCAUGGGCCACAUCAAGAGAAAGCCUCCUUGGGAGAAAUCACUGAACAGCUGGGCAAACACCAUGGUCAACUAUGGAGACACGGUUCCUAAAGAGUCGACCGUGACUUUGAACGGAUCACUGAAAAUGGCACCCAACGGGGGACAGAAGCUCUUAUUGCAAGCUUUGGUUUACGAGGUGGUUGCGAAUGAAGUGAACAAGGAGCACGUUCCUAGCAGCCUCAACCAGAUGGAAGCCGAGGUGAUUGUCCAUUCCGACUUCUCCGCCUCACACCGAGGUGACGUCUCCCGGCUUCCCACAGAGGAGAUGGAGGGGACGCUUCCUGAGGACCAAAGCCUCGAAUCCUUGCCUGUGGAAGACCUCACUCUAGAGUCUUCACCCAACUCCUUGAAGGACAAUCUAGGCAAGGAUGGAGAAGACAAGCACGAACCUGAGAUCCCUGCUUCUUGGCAGGGUACUGACCAGCAGACUUGCCAGGCGGCCACCGAAUUGCUCGAGACAGCCACUUCUGGCUUCUUCAGGAUGGAUGAAAGCCUAGAUUCAGGGCAAUUUGGGGACUCUGACACCCUCCAAGGAGGGAACAAGGAGCCCAUCCUGCAGGACGCUUUCCCCAUGGGACAGUCUCGGGCCCUAAUUUGCAGCUCGCCUGCCGGUUUUGAGAACAUGACAUGUGUCCACCAUCUUUGAAGACCACACUGACUGUACUCUUGGCUACCACAGAGCUAGAAGUAACAUAAUGAAGUAAGGCAUAGCCUUCCCGUGGUACUAAACAGUAACUCGUGGUUUGGAAGACAAGGGGAUACAAAAGUGCCUCCCUUAUUUCAUUGUUUUUGUAUUCCCUGCCCACUUGUGAGUGUUUUCUCAUUGCUUGGGGACCCCAAAGGCUGUCCUUCACCUUUGAGUCCUCUCUGGUCUACAUGAAAGAGUUGAGAAGAUACCAAACGUUGAGCAAACCAAGGAGGUGUAAGGCAUGGAGUAGGUGUGGCAAGAAAUGUGCGGCAAGGUCCACUGGGUGCCAACCUGACCACCCAUUGCAGUGCUGUCACUCUUUCACAUGGCACAACUAGAGUGUUAUUAUUCCGCUUUAACUGUCAUGGUGCCACAUUAAGGGAAUAGGAGCGAUGGAGUUUUGACCCUUUCAGAUGGCACAACUAGAGUGUUAUGAUUUUGUUUUGACUGCCAUGGUGCCACAUUGUGGGAUCAGGAGUGGUGGAGUUUUGGAAGAAUUACUGUAAUGACAAACUCUGUAGGAUGUUGCCAUGGCAGUUAAAGUGGAACCACGGCACUAAUGGGCAUGAAUAUGGACCAAGCUCCAGAGACUAGGACACAGAGCAGUGGAGUAAAAGAUUCCUCCUAAACAUUAGCACAACAAAUGCUGUUCAGUAAUGGAAUCUGCUGCUGUCUCAGAGUCCAGUUGAGUCCCCUCUGUAGGUUUUAAAGCAGAAACUGGAUGGCUAUCUGCUGGGAGUGCUUGGAUUGUGUGCUCCUCUUGCAUUGUAGCCCAGAGGUGCACGGUUCAUCCCAGAUCCAUGAAUUCAGUAGGACUGAGAUAGAAGAAGCUAUUCCAAGGCUAGAUCUACAUUGUGCAACAAAGCACUCUGAGACUGCUUUAACUGCUGGGGCUAUGUCAAAUGGAACCCCGGGACUUGUAGUUUCAAAAGAUAAUCAGAAUUCCAUGCUGAAGUGUCCUUGUUUUCUGCUUUGGAGACUAGGACACAGAGCAAUGGUUUCAAAUUGCAGGAAAAGAGAUUCCACUGAAUAUUGGGAAGAACUUCCUAACUGUGAGAGCUGUUCAGCAGUGGAACUCCCUGCCCCAGAGUGUGUGGAGGCUCCUUCUUUGGAGGUUUUUAAACAGAAGCUGGAGGGCCAUCUGUUGGGUGUGUUUUGAAUGCUAUUUUCCUGCUUCUUGGCAGAAUGGGGUUGGACUGGAUGGCCCAUGAGGUCUCUUCCAACUCAAUGAUUCUAUGAUUCUAAUAUUCUAUGAGAGCGGACUUUGCAAGUCUCUCAUUAGCAAGGUACAAAUGCCAAGAUAGGUUAGAACCAUGGGAGUUAAAGUGGCAUGGGAUUGUUAUCAUUGUUUGGUGUGGAUCCAAUCCCAAGUUUGAAACCUGAGGAGUGGGUUCUGUGUGAUGGUAGAGACCCCAAAGGCCAUCCAGUCCAACCCCCUUUCCAGUGCAAAACAGAGAGCCCAUCAUCCCUGACUUGAGAUAGAGUCCAUCUAGCUUGGCAUGGCUAACUUUCUACUCACAGGUUUGUGUUAACGGGGGAAUUUGAACACACAACUCACUUAGCCUUGGAAGGUUGAGUCUAAGAGCAUUUCCAACAACUUAUAUGAGGGUCGAAUGAAAAAUAAUGUCUGCACCUUCAUAACUCCUCAACAGAUGGCAGUACUGGUAUGCGGCAGGUACUGGCUUGUUCAGUAGACUCUCCUCUACAGUUCCAUUUUGGCAGGAAGCCUUAGCAUUGAAU